AUGUCUAGGAGUCCGAAGGUGGUGCUAGGCCUAUCGGUGGUGCUGAUGGCGGCCACCAUGGCCCGGGUGCAUCUGAAGCAGCGGCAGGACCUGCAGAGGCUUCACGGUGGAGUGAUCAGAGACAUUGAGAGGCAAAUUGGAAAAAAAGAAAACAUAAGUCUCUUGGGAGAACAGAUUAUUUUGACUGAGCAACUUGAAGCAGAAACAGAGAAGAUGAUAGUGGCAAAAGGAUCUCAAAAAACAUGACUUGAAAUGGAUGUCAAAUACUGAUGGGACAUUGUCA